AUGCCCCCUAAACGAAAGGACUUUCUGAAACCAAAGCCAAAGGGCAAACUAAAACCGCAAGAACCGCAGACUGAAAAUGACUUUCUCGAAGCCGCAGACGACCACGAGCAGGCAGCGGGGAAAUGGCGUGCUGGCGACGCAGCAAAGGCUGCUCGCUUCUUCAAUAGAGCAAUCGACAUGUAUAACGAGGGCCUCAAGCGCCAUCCCCAAUCAUUCGACCUUGCGUACAACAAAGCAAAUCUGCAAUACACCAUCACAGAAGAUGAACGUAUCGUUUCUCAGUUUGGAAACAGGAUUGCACUGUUGGAAGAAACACUGUCUUCUCACCGAGUUGCAGUCGCUCUGAACCCAGCCAACACCGACAUUCUCUUCAACACCGCUCAGGUGCUCACUUCACUAGCAGAAGCUGGCCUGGAGACUAUGACACAAGCAGCCGGAAAGCAAGAUGCCCGACCGCUCCUAGAAGAGGCUGUAGAUAUCUUCACAAAAUGCUUGGCUAGCCAGCAGCAAGAGUACGCACAGAUACAGGCUGAAAUUGCCAAAGUGCAGGCUUCCGGCGAAUAUCAGGAGGCCUGGGAAGGCGAACGACAGCAACAGCCAGAGGCUCAAGAUGACGCAAAAACGGAGUCAAGUGAUGCAGAAGCGCCAGGCGACUGGGCCACUGUCGAAGAGCCUCUAACACCAGAGUCGAUUCUGGAAACAUGCACUGCGCAGCUAAGUGCACUGACAACGUUAAUCGGACUCUACAACCCCGCUCUGGAUCUAUCCAGUAUAGAAAAGAAGGCGCAAGAUGGUCUCGACACGGCUACAAGCAAGAUACCCGCUCUGAUCGAUCUCAUUGACAAGUCGCCUGCCCCUGUAGCACGCGAGGAGCCCAAGGCCGAAAAAACGCUGUCCAUCAGCUCAACACCCGCAGCAGAAGAAGCCGCCACAACGCCGAAAGACGACGCCAUACUUGCAGCAGCCAACUUCCAAGUCAGCAUUGCAGAAGCCCAGUACCGCAGCGGACGGACAACGUCAACCGAGUACGCUGCAGCCGUCGAAUCCACAUUCAGCGCGUUGCUGCAAACAGCAGCACCAAGCCCCGACCUCGCCGCAAUCAACAAGCAAUCCGCAUACGCAGACGCACUCAUGGAUCUCGCAUCCGCGCUUGCCGACGGCACUCAAUACACGGCUUCGGAACCCACAUUUACCGCCGACGUGGAAAUCCAAUGGACGGCACUCACGCAAGCCCAGAAUCUGCUUUCUACACUCUCGUCUGCACCAUGUGCUGCGCUCCUUUCGGCGUCGCGCUUAGCCGAUAUCUUCAUUGCGCGCGGUGACACGGAUCUCUUCCGCUUCCGCAUCUCGCUGCUCGACGCCGCGAAGCCGGCUUGGGCCAAGAGCGGGCCGACGCUCGUGGCGAAUACAGGUGUCUUUUACCGCGGCGGCCGAAGCUAUGCUGAGAAGGCUGGGGCUGAGCAGACCCGCAGUACGGCGGGCGCAAAGGCUGUUGUAGCGGAGAUAUUGAAAGAAGUCGCGAGUAGAUCAGGGGUCAUAAAAGACCACUGGAAGGCGAGCAGCCUGCCUGUCACGACGGUGUUGGAGCAGCUGGUGGAAGAGGGCAUUGUCGGGCGAGAAAAUGUCGACGGUGUGUUGGCCAUGACGCGGUAG